AUGGCGCUAGAGGACUUCGAGCACUGCUUGGGCUGCCCGUUCGAAGGCCUCAUGGUCGCGGCUUACGCGGCCCCGAGGAGUGGUCACACCACGAGCCCAACGUGUGCUUCAACGUGCUGCGCGCUGCGCCAUCUCACGGAACAGAAGGCCAUCGAGUACGACAGGGAGUUGAGCAUCGCCGCAACUGGCAGUUCAUGGGGGUCGAACUUCUUCUGCACGGAGAGCGGCAAUGAGCAGCACGGUGACGGCAGCCAGUCGGAGGGCACCCCCGCCAUGGAGCAUGGCGACAUCACAGAUCGGCUCAACGACCUGGAAGCGAUGCUGUUCGACUGCAAGCUCGACGCCGGCAACAUGGCGAUGCUCGAGGCGGAGGUGCUCGCGCGCGAGUUCGAAGACGGCCCCAAGGAAAUGACUGAGAAGGAGGUGAUCGAUGACUCUGCCAGCGUUGCUCUUCGCACCGCCUCGUGGGAGGUCCAGCCGCAGGGCAAGCUCGAGCGAUCCGAGCAGAGGGACGUGAAGUUCGAGGACGGCUCAGAGGAGGUGAUCGAGAAGGCAGCGUUCGAGGACAUCGAGGAGAAGACCAAGAAAUUCGAGGACGGCUCCAAGGAGAUGAUCGAGAAGGCGGUGUUCGAG